AUGGAAGGCUCCCCUGUCGAUGGAGAAGAGCUUCGCAAAAUCAAGAAUUGCUUCUUGCUUUGCGGACGCACUCAUAGUUUCUCACCAGCUAUUCAUAAAGUGACUAAGUACAAUCACACCAAACGCAAAGACGUUGUGCCAAAGAAUAAAAAACUUCUUCUGUGGCACGGCACGAAGAACGAAAAUGUCGAUUCAAUUCUAAAAAACGGCUUCAAAAUCCGGAACAACAACGGUUUGAUGUAUGGAAAUGCGAUUUAUUUGGCGAAUAUUCCAUCGAAAGCCGUUAGAUACUGCUCAACCGGAUAUUACGGAGAUCGAACGACUUCGAAGAUGCUUCUGUGCGAAGUUGACGUCAGCGAGCUCGUCGAAGUCACAAGAGCCGAUCACGGUGCUCAUGAAAAGUAUAAGAAAGUUGUGAAAGGCGUCGGAAUGUUCUCGCCAACUCAAACUGAAAUCAUUGAUAAUGUGCAUUGUUUCUGUGGGAAUAUCGAAGCACGCCCGAGAUUCGAUCUGGAUUACGAUGAAUAUGCCGUCUACGAUCCAGAUUUGAUCACGGUCAAAUAUGUUGUUGAAUUUUACCGUCAAUAA